AUGUCCAUCCCUGAAGAAACCAUCCCGGCCGCGCCGUCUACCCCGUCGUCAAUCGUCGAUUCGCCAAAGUUCCAACAGAUUUUGAACAAGCUCAACUCCGACAACGACCGUGAAAGUUUGACGGAGAUCAUCAAGGAGCAAGAAGGCACAAAGUACCCGGAGGAAUAUGCUUACUCAGUACAAGACUUAGUUCUGCUGAGUAUUGCCAAGUGUCACCAAAUUGCGCUGACGAUUCCAGGCAUUGACCCUCGGUACUUUCCUAAGCUUGCCCAUGCGUACAUCCGAUUUGCCCUUCAGCCCAAGGAAAACCCAUUGGUCACCACGCUUGGCCAAAUUCUGCAAGGUCAAGCUUACGAUUCCGAUGCCGCUAUGAAGAAGCACUUCGAGCAGACGGCUAACGUUGUGGCUGACGCCAGACGCAUCUCCCACAACACCCGGGGCCUCACCCCUGAGCACCUCAAACGUAUCGACGACGUCUUGGACACAGUGGUGCCAACCCAGAUGGCAGAUUAUGCGGCCAUGUAUGAGAAAGUACAAGGACCGUACAUGGAAAAGGCGCUUCGCUCCUCUAUCCCUCCGGAGAUCAUGGCGGAAGCCUUUCUCCUCCUUCUUGAAAGUGAAUGUGCAAUGGACAGUGACACUUAG